UCUUGGUAUCUAAUUUUCUUAUUAGUUGUAUCUUUUUCUAGAAUAUAUGCUUAAUGAAAGUAGAGACUAUUUUCUUCACUGCUGAGUUUAGCAAACCCAUUUUGUGUUCAGCAUGUGUUAAGCAUUAAGUGAAUAAUUUUAAAAUUAAUCUAUAAAGAAAGAUAUUUCGUCUACCUAAAGUGAAUUUUCAUUUGACUCUUAUAUUAGCGAAUGUACCUGCUUACAUUUCAUCUCGGAGGUGGGCUGUGUCUCUAACAACUAAACUCGAUGAGAUCAUGGGGAGAAGUAACCAGACAUCCACAGUGAGAGAGUUUCUCUUCUCUGGAUUCCUCAAGUUUGAAGAAGGUAGCAUUCUCCUCUUCAUUCCUUUGUUAAUCAUCUACAUAUUCAUUGUUAUUGGGAAUCUCAUAGUAUUUUUUGCAGUCAAGAUGGAUACUCACCUCCACAACCCCAUGUAUAAUUUCAUCAGCAUUUUUUCAUUUUUGGAGAUAUGGUAUACCACUGCUACCAUCCCCAAAAUGCUCUCCAACCUCAUCAGUGAGCAGAGGACCAUCUCUAUGACUGGGUGCCUCUUGCAGAUGUACUUUUUCCAUUCACUGGGAAAUUCAGAAGGGAUUUUGUUGACCACAAUGGCUAUUGAUAGGUAUGUUGCCAUCUGUAACCCUCUCCGCUAUCCAACCAUCAUGACACCCCGACUGUGUGCUCAGCUUUCCGUAGGCUCCUGUAUCUUUGGCUUUCUUGUAUUGCUGCCAGAGAUUGCCUGGAUUUCCACACUGCCCUUCUGUGGACCCAACCAAAUUCAUCAGAUUUUCUGUGACUUUGAACCUGUGCUGCGCUUGGCCUGCACAGACACAUCCCUGAUUCUGAUUGAGGACGUGAUCCAUGCUGUGGCUAUCAUCUUCUCUAUCCUGAUUAUCGCCCUCUCUUAUAUCAGAAUUAUCACAGUGAUCCUGAGAAUUCCCUCCGCCGAAGGCCGCCAGAAGGCCUUUUCGACCUGUGCAGCUCAUCUGGGUGUCUUUCUGAUGUUCUAUGGCAGUGUAUCCCUCAUGUAUCUACGCUUCUCUACCACCUUUCCACAAAUUCUGGACACAGCCAUUGCAUUGAUGUUUGCAGUUCUUGCUCCGCUUUUCAACCCUGUCAUCUACAGCUUGAGAAAUAAGGACAUGAAGAUUGCAAUUAAGAAGCUUCUCUGCCCUCAGAAGUUGUUUACUGCAUUGGCAAGUUAAAACUAGCUCAUGAGCAUCCCUUACUGUGGAUAUUACAUUAACAUACUAAACCAUACAAUUAGCAUAUGACUCAUUCACCAUCAUAUUGUUAUUUUGUGUCUAUUUAUCUCAAUUCUUCCCAUUUUGUUGAUACAUUUUUUAUA